AUGAGAGACCUGCAGAGUAAAGACACUGGAUCUUACUGGUGUGCUGUGGAAAUUGAGGGAAUAUUUAAUAUGGAUGAGACAGAGCAGAUUUAUAUGACAAUCCAAUCAGUUCGUGAUCUCUCUGUGGUGAGCAGCAGUGUAUCUGGACAGGAAGGUGGUAAUAUCAGUGUCCAGUGUCUCUACAGUUCUGGAUAUAAGAGUAAAUCGAAACAGUGGUGCAGAUAUAAAGACAAGAGAUGUCACACAUUGGGGAAGACUGACACAUCCCAGAAUCCAUUAGUUCAGAUCAGUGAUGAUGGGAGUAAAUCCUUGACUGUGGUGAUGACUGGACUGACAGAGAGUGAUUCUGGCUGGUACUGGUGCUCUGUAGGAGAUCUGCAGGUUCCUGUUCAACUCACUGUGACUGUGACUGAGACCAAACCAGUUGUGACCACAGAAGCCGGAUAUAAGACAGAAAUAAAUGCAGCUCUGUCAUCUAAUACACCAAUUUCCAUUAACAACAAUCAGACAUCAAUCAGUGAGAAGCAACAAUAUAACUAUUUUAACGUUCCUUUUUACAGGCAGUAUGGAUAUCUGGUGGUGUGGCUUCCAGCAGUCGUACUGUUGCUGUUGCUGGUGAUUGUGGCUGCCAUUGCAACUGUAAUACUGAAAAAGAAGCACAAUCAAAAUAAUACCCAAGUUGGAGAUAAUAAAGCCAAUGUCACAGUGUCCUCUUCCCAGAUAGAUCCAGAGGUAUGCAGCCCUAUAAAUGAUGAAAAUCCAAAUAUUUCAUCUUCACCGAAGCCCAGUGCAGAAAUAAUAUACAGCACUAUUACAAAUGCUGUUAAGCAGAGUAAAUCACACUGUCCAGAAGAAGGCACAAUCUACAGCAUGUUGCCACAACAACAGUGACUUGUGAUAGAACACAGGAACAGCCUCAUCCUCAGGGAGGCACUCAGUGUUUUGCCCAGGAGACUAAAUCAAGAUGAGGACAGUCAUCACAAAAACUCUUUUUAUUUUUAUUCUUUUGCUCAUAUUACACAUUUCAGCUAACAGCUCAUCUGCUUAUCUUAAAAAUUAGGCUAUUAACAUCAUCUUCAAUUUAUAUUCUAUUCUAUUAUUUUAUGUCUACCACAAACAUUAUACCACACAUACAAACACUGAAUGGACUCAUGCAGUUAACAUGUUUGCUUGAUUUUCAUUUGCUUAUUUCAAUAUAGUGUAUGAAUUUUAGUGUAUCUAUUUUUCUUUUUUAAUGAGUGAGGAGUAUUGUUACACAUUUUGUUUCAAUAUGUGUAACUCAGUAUUUUUAUGCAAAAUGUGUUUAAACUUUGAUAUAAUAUUCCCAUAUUUGUCUGCCAAGUAAAUA